CCGCUCUCUCACACACACAACAAUAACAAACGAGUAUGCCGCAGGCUUGAAUUGAGAGGAGGUAAAGCAUCAUCAUGGUCUACCAGCGGACGGCUUCGCCGGCGCAGUCGUCGUCGGGGCGUGGUUCGAGAGAGAGGUGUAGGGGUUGCGGCUACGGGCUUGGCCAGUUUCAAGUGGAGUACGCAAGCAAUGAUGAUGACGGUUUGGGCCGGGGCUACUGCAGCCUCGACUGCUACACUUCGGCGAAGGUAACGGGCCGAGCCCUGCAGCACCAACCUCGGGCGCGUGGAGGGGGAAGCGACCGCCAGCACUGGGGGGGGGGG